AGAUGGUGGAUUACAUCUGCCAGUACCUGAGCACAGUGCGGGAGCGGCGGGUGACUCCUGACGUUCAGCCUGGCUACCUGCGAGCCCAACUCCCUGAGAGAGCUCCCGAAGACCCGGACAGCUGGGACAGCAUCUUUGGGGACAUUGAGCGAAUCAUCAUGCCUGGGGUGGUACACUGGCAGAGCCCCCACAUGCACGCCUACUACCCAGCUCUUACCUCGUGGCCGUCACUGCUGGGAGAUAUGCUGGCUGAUGCCAUCAACUGCCUGGGAUUCACCUGGGCUUCCAGUCCUGUGUGCACAGAGCUGGAAAUGAACAUCAUGGAUUGGCUGGCAAAAAUGCUGGGACUCCCUGAACACUUCCUGCACUAUCACUCUGGCAGCCAAGGGGGAGGUGUAUUACAGAGCACAGUCAGCGAGUCCACCUUGAUUGCCUUGCUGGCAGCCAGGAAGAACAAAAUCCUGGAAAUGAAAACAUCUGAGCCCGGGGCGGAUGAGUCCUCCCUGAACGCGCGGUUCAUCGCCUAUGCCUCUGACCAGGCUCACUCCUCCGUGGAAAAGGCUGGUUUGAUUUCUCUGGUGAAGAUGAAAUUUCUGCCUGUGGAUGACAACUUCUCGCUCCGAGGGGAAGUCCUUCAGAAAGCCAUCAAGGAGGACAAGGAGCGGGGCUUGGUGCCUGUUUUUGUCUGCGCAACACUUGGGACCACUGGGGUCUGCGCAUUUGACUGCCUGUCAGAGCUGGGUCCCAUCUGUGCCCGUGAAGGGGUUUGGCUCCACAUUGACGCUGCCUAUGCGGGCACUGCCUUCCUGUGCCCUGAGUUCCGGGGGUUUCUGAAGGGCGUCGAGUAUGCUGAUUCCUUCACCUUUAAUCCUUCCAAGUGGAUGAUGGUGCACUUUGACUGUACUGGGUUUUGGGUCAAGGACAAGUACAAGCUGCAGCAAACCUUCAGCGUGAACCCCGUCUACCUCAGGCAUGCCAACUCGGGUGCGGCCACCGACUUCAUGCACUGGCAGAUUCCCCUGAGUCGGCGGUUUCGAUCUAUUAAACUCUGGUUCGUGAUUCGGUCCUUUGGCGUAAAGAACCUUCAAGCGCACAUCAGACAUGGUACUGAAAUGGCUAAAUAUUUUGAAUCUCUGGUUGAAAAUGACCCUUUCUUUGAAAUUCCUGCCAAGAGGCACCUUGGCCUGGUGGUUUUUCGCCUGAAGGGCCCUAAUUGUCUCACAGAAAGCGUGUUAAAGGAAAUAGCUAAAACUGGCCGUCUCUUCCUCAUCCCGGCCACUGUCCAGGACAAAUUCAUCAUCCGUUUCACGGUGACAUCCCAGUUCACCACCAGGGAUGACAUCCUGAGAGACUGGAAACUCAUUCAAGAUGCAGCAACUCUCAUCCUGAGUCAGCAUUGCACUUCCCAACCUAGCCCUCAGGUUGGGAACCUUAUCCCUCAAACCUGGGGUCCCAGAUCUGUGGCCAAUGGAAUGACCCUUCAAUCUGUCAAUGAGGCAGGCGAUGACCCAACUCAGGCCAGAAAGAUCAUCAAGCAACCUCAGCGCAUGGGAGCCAGUCCUGUGAGAAGGGAAGACAGUGGCCAUCUCGAAACCCUGCUGGACCCACUUGAUGACUGCUUUUCUGAGGAGGCCCCAGAUGUCACUAAACACAAGUUGUCCUCCUUCCUGUUCAAUUAUUUGUCUGUGCAGAACAAGAAGAAGGCAGUGCGUUCCCUCAGUUGCAAUAGUGUGCCUGCGAGUGCUCAGAAGCCACUGCCCACAGAUAUGAAGAAUGGGGGCUCCUCCCGGGUCAGAAUCUUCUCUAGGUUUCCAGAAGAGAUGAUGAUGCUGAAGAAAAGUGCCUUCAAAAAGCUAAUCAAGUUCUACAGUGUCCCUAGCUUUCCCGAAUGUAGCUCUCACUGUGGGCUCCAACUGCCCUGCUGCCCUCUGCAGGCAAUGGUUUAGUCCAGGGGUUUCCAUGAGCUUGCAAUGUGUUUCAGGGAGUCUGUGACCCCUCACACAUGCCAGGUCUUUAUGCUUAUGUGCAUGUGCAUUUUUUUCCUCGGAGAGAGUCCAUAAUUUUUGUCAGGAUGUAAUUGGAGAGUUUGGAUUAGCAUGUUUGAGAAGGUUCCAGCAGGGUUGGUCAGGAAGAAAAGAUCCAGAGUGGUGGACUGACAGGCAGCUUCUGUUGUUUAGCUUGUGACAUGACUUAUAU